GUUUCAGUUUUGUAACAGAGGGGGCUGGAAUAGUUACAAAAUAGGAAAAUAAACGCGGGAGAUUUCAUAACAUUGCUGUGUCAGAUAUUUGCAUGGACAUGGAUGCUGAUAAAAGUGCUGAAAGUUUGAAAACGAUGCAUAUUUUACAGGAGAGGACACCGCCUCACAAUCCUGAGAUGGACGGACCAGUUCGUCGGUCGUCUCGGCGAAUACAAGAGAAACAAAAGCUCAAAAAGAAGCAGAUGUUAUCCCCUAAAUGUUUAACAUCCACCAGAACAAGAAGAGUCGUCAAAAGAAAGAGAAGUGACGUUGAGGAAGAUGAGAAGGCUCAGAAGACAAAAGCAAAAUCAAACAAUACACAUUCCAAGAAAUCCCCAUCAGGUUACCGUAAGAGUUUGUCUGAAUAUGAGCUGAAAAGACUGGAGACUAUUAGACAAAACCAAGCUUUCCUAAGUUCACUUAAGCUGUCUGAGAUCUCCGACGCUCUGAGAGCAAAGCCGAAACAAACAGAGAGAGGCCUGAAAAGGGAAAAGAAGGUAACAGAGAUGCUGCCUGUCCGUAAGUCACUACGUUUACAGAAUAGGGAUGCUCGGACACCUCAUACUAUUGAAGUUAAGGAGAGUAUCGACAAAGAGCCUGGAAAAACUGUUAGGAUACCUCCAGGACCGAUACCACUGGAUCCAGUCUACCUGGAUGAACAUGUCAGGCUUCCUGAAGAUCUGUUAAAUAUCUGGAAUGAGGACCCAAUACAACAAAAGGCAGGAAGAUCAGAUUUAACAUCGUACCAGAAGAUGCUGCAGAAGAUGACUAUAGAUGACAGUGGUGUGAUGAAAGUUGUUGAAGAUCGAAUCUUUUCAGCAGCUUUUCACCCUGCCUCAUCCAGCUUGCUCAUGGCAGCAGGAAACAUAUGGGGCCAACUGGGACUUUGGAAAAUGGGUGCUAAAUGGGGUGAUGAUGGCGUACUUCACUUUAAACCCCAUUCUCAAACAAUUUCCUGCAUGGCCUUUUCUUCUAAACCUUCAAAUCUCAUCACAGUCAGCUAUGAUGGCUUUGCGCGCAGCAUGGACCUGGAGAAGGCUGUGUUUGACGAGGUGUAUCAUUCAGCCUCUAAACUGAGAAGUUUUGACUUCAUGUCAAGUGACUGCUCCACUUUACUUAUUGGUGACUGGAAUGGAGAUGUUGCUGUUGUUGAUCGGAGAACUCCCGGAACAUCAUACGAGUCUCGACGCAACUUGGAUUCAAAGACUGUCCGCUGUGUUCAUGUCCAUCCUGUGCAACAGCAAUACUUUGUGGUGGCAGGGAACCGAUCAGUGCAUAUAUAUGACUUGCGCAGCCUGAAAAUGAGGAGAAGUCAGGCAAUCUGUGGACUCAACGGUCACUCUCACACUAUUACCAGUGCCUAUUUCUCCCCAUCCACUGGCAACAGAGUCAUUACCACCUGCAUGGACGAUAAUAUCAGGGUAUUCAACACUUCCCAGAUGAUUGACGGUGCUCCGCUGUUAAGCUCAGUUAGUCACAACAUGAAGACAAGCCGUUGGUUGUCCAAGCUGAGUGCUGUUUGGGACCCCAAGCAGGAAGACUGUUUUGUUGUAGGCAGCUUGGACAGUUGUCGCAAAAUUCAGGUAUAUCACGAGAGCGGAUACCUCCUUCACAAUUUCCAGAACGAGCAGCACCUGACCACAGUGUGCUCCAUCACAGCAUUUCACCCAAGCAGGAACGCUCUGCUUGGAGGCAAUUCAUCUGGGAGACUGUGCGUUUUUUCUGACCAAUAUUAAAACCGUUUUUAUCAAAUAAGAAA